CAGAAAGAUACAAAAAACUUGACGUCCAGCAAUUAGAGAGAACAACUCGUGAUAAACUUCAUUUUCAUUUUCCGCUGCAUUCAAACCUUUCCAGUUCCUUUAGUAUGAAGGUUGAACAUCCAAAGAGUGACAGGGUAGUUGUAGAUUUUGCCAGAGCUCAAAUCAAUUAUACUCUCAGUGCAACUGUCCAAACAGAGAGAAGGUUCAUAAAUACAACGGAUUCCGUCGAGGUCAAUUGCCCUUUGGAGCAAAUAUUAUCAUUUUAUGAUAUUAUUCCUUUUACAAAAGUGAAAGGUACCCAUUGUUCUCCAACUAAUAAACCCCUACUCAAAUAUUCAUUCGAUAUUCCCGAGUAUUUAGGAAUCGGUACCGAAACAACCAUUCCGAUUAGAAUUAAAUUAAUUAAAUCCAACGUCAAAAUACUACGAGUCGAUGCGACGUUGAGGAC